UCUCCAACCCCGCGCGCCAUGGGGAGGUGGGCCCUGAGGGUAGACACAUCCUAGGCGCGGGCGUGUCCCCGUCGGGGGUCCGCCAAGGGUCACGGCGCCCCCAUGCCGGGGACCGCGGCCGGGGAUGGCCUGUGCCGCCUGUCCGCCUACCUGGAAGAACUGGAGGCCGUGGAGCUGAAGAAGUUCAAGUUGCACCUGGGGGCGGCGACGGAGGCGGGGGAGCACCGGAUCCCGCGGGGGCGCAUGGAGACGGCGGGGCCCCUGGAGAUGGCGCAGCUGCUGGUGGCGCACUGCGGGGCCCGGGAGGCCUGGCUGCUGGCCCUGCGCACCUUCGAGCGGAUCCACAGGAAGGACCUGUGGGAGAGAGGACGCAGGGAGGACCUGGUGAGGGACCCCCCGCCCGGUGGCCCGUGCUCCCUGGGGAACCAGCCCGCAUGCUCGCUGGACGUCUUUGCUGGAACGCCAAGGAAAGAUCCCCGGGAAACCUACCGGGACCACGUCCGCAGGAAGUUCCGGCUGAUGGAGGACCGCAACGCGCGCCUGGGCGAGUGCGUCAACCUCAGCCACCGCUACACGCGGCUGCUGCUGGUGAAGGAGCACCCGACCCCGCUGGGGGCGCAGCAGAAGCUGCUGGACCCGGGCCGGGCCCCCGCGAGGGCCGGGGCGCCCCCGGCCGGCCUCAUCCAGAUGGACACCCUGUUCGAGCCGGACGCCGAGCGGCCGGAGCCCCCGCGCACCGUGGUCCUGCAGGGCGCGGCGGGCAUGGGCAAGUCCAUGCUGGCGCACAAGGCGAUGCUGGACUGGGCGGACGGCCGGCUGUUCCAGGGCCGCUUCGACUACCUCUUCUACGUCAACUGCCGGGAGCUGAACCGCGGCGCCCCCGAGCGCAGCGCGCGGGACCUCCUCUCCGGCUGCUGGCCCGCGCCCGGCGCGCCCCUCGGCGAGCUGCUCCGCGCCCCCGAGCGCCUCCUCUUCAUCAUCGACGGCUUCGACGAGCUCCAGCCCUCCUUCCACGACCCUCGCGGGCCCUGGUGCCUGGGCUGGGAGGAGACGCGGCCCCCGGGGCUGCUGCUCAGCAGCCUGAUUCGCAAGAAGCUGCUGCCGGAGGCGUCCCUGCUCAUCACCACGCGGCCCAGCGCCCUGGAGAAGCUGCAGCGGCUGCUGGAGCACCCCCGGCACGUGGAGAUCCUGGGCUUCUCGGAGGCCGAGCGGAAGGAGUACUUCCACAGGUUCUUCGGGGACGCCGGGCAGGCCCGCCGCGUCUUCGGCUCCGUGCGGGACGACGAGCCCCUGUUCGCGCUCUGCUUCGUGCCGCUCGUGUGCUGGGUGGUGUGCACCUGCCUCAAGCAGCAGCUGGAGGGCGGCGGGCUCCGGCCGCAGGCCACCCGCACCACCACGGCCGUGUACCUGCUCUACCUCCUCAGCCUGCUGCGGCCCCAGCCGGGCUCCCCGACGCCGCUCCAGCGCGCGCCCCACCGGACGGGGCUGUGCUCCCUGGCGGCCGACGGCCUCUGGAGCCAGAAGAUCCUGUUCGAGGAGCGGGACCUGCGGAGGCACGGCCUGGACGGGGCGGACGUGUCCUCCUUCCUCAACAUGAACAUCUUCCAGAAGGACAUCGACUGCGAGAAGGUCUACAGCUUCAUCCACCUGAGCUUCCAGGAGUUCUUCGCCGCCGCGUACUACGCCCUGGACGGGGCGGGCCGCGCGGCCGGCCCCGAGCGCAGCCUGGCCAGGCUGCUGGCCGAGUACGGGCUGUCGGAGCGGAGCGCCUGGGCGCUCACCGUCCGCUUCCUGUUCGGGCUCCUGCACGCGGAGGCGCGGGGCUUCCUGGAGAAGGCGCUGGGCUGGGAGGUGUCGCCGCGCGUCCGGGCGGAGCUGCUGGAGUGGAUCCGGGGCAAGGCGCUGAGCGAGGGCCCCACGCUGCAGCGGGGCGCGCUGGAGCUGCUCCGCUGCCUCUACGAGAUCCAGGAGGAGGCGUUCAUCCGGCGGGCGCUGAGCCACUUCCAGGUGGUCGUGGUCGGCAACCUGGCCACCAAGAUGGAGCACGCGGUGGCCGCCUUCUGCCUCAAGCACUGCACCGACGCCCUGGUGCUGCACCUGCACAGCGCCGCCUACCGGGCGGACCAGGAGGAGGAGGAGGAGGAGGAGGAGGAGGAGGAGGAGGAGGAGGGAGAGGGGGCCUGGCGGGCGUCGGGGCCCCACACGCCACUGGCACCAUCCCCAGAGAGAAACGUCCUUCCGGCCGCCUACAGCGAGCACCUGGCCACGGCUCUGAGCACCAACCCGCAUCUGGUAGAGCUGGCUCUCUACCACAACGCCCUGGGGAGCCAGGGCGUGAGGCUGCUGUGCCAAGGGCUCAGACACCCCAACUGCAAACUUCAGAACCUGAGGCUGAAGAGGUGCCGGGUGCCCGGCUCCGCCUGCCAGGACCUGGCCGCCGCGCUGACCGCCAAUAGGAACCUGAUGAGGAUGGACCUGAGCGGCAACGCCCUGGGGCUGCCCGGCGUGAGGCUGCUGUGCGAGGGGCUGCGGCACCCCAAGUGCAGGCUGCAGAUGCUCCAGCUGCGGAAGUGCCAGCUGGAGGCCGGGGCUGGCCUGGAGGUGGCCUCGGUGCUCAGCACCAACCACCACCUGGUGGAGCUGGACCUGACCGGCAACGCGCUGGAGGACGCGGGGCUGCGGCUGCUGUGCGGGGGCCUGCGGCACCCCGUCUGCCGGCUGCAGAUCUUGUGGUUAAAGAUCUGUCGCCUCACGGCCGCAGCCUGUGAAGACCUGGCCUCCACCCUCCCCGUGAACCAGAGCCUGACGGAGCUGGACCUCAGCCUGAAUGACCUGGGGGACCCCGGGGUGCUGCUGCUGUGCGAGGGCCUCCGGCACCCCCAGUGCAAACUCCAGACCCUCCGGCUCGGCAUCUGCCGGCUCAGCUCCGCGGCCUGCGAGGGCCUGGCUGCUGUGCUCCAGAGCAACCGCCACCUCCGGGACCUGGACCUGAGUUUCAACGACCUGGGCGACCAGGGCAUGUGGUGGCUGUGCGAGGGGCUGCAGCACCCCGCCUGCCGGCUCCAGAAGCUGUGGCUGGACAGCUGCGGCCUCACGGCCAAAGCCUGCGAUGACCUCUCCGCCACCCUGGGCGUCAACCAGACGCUGACCGAGCUCUACCUGACCAACAACGCGCUGGGCAGCGCGGGCGUCCGGCGGCUGUGCAGGCGGCUGCGGCAUCCCGGCUGCAAGCUGCGGGUCCUCUGGCUGUUCGGCGUGCGCCUGAGCGCGCUCACCCACAGGGAGCUGGCGGCGCUCCGCUGGACCAAGCCUUACCUGGACCUCGGCUGCUGACCCGCCUGCCCUGCCCGGGACGGAGGCCGUCG